AUGGUUAGUGUGACUGGCAUUACCGUUGGGAGUGGCUUGUCAUUGACUUGUGACACCCUUAUACCUCAGACCAUUGGAAGUGGAAACCCGACGCGCGUGGGGCUGAUCCUUCAGAGAGGGGUUCUGAUUAUCAUUCUGGCGUGUUUCCCCUGCUGGGCUGUUCUCAUCUAUACUGAAACCUUUUUACUUGCCGUUAAACAGAGCCAUGAGGUUGCCAGUCUGGCACAAGCGUAUGUGAACAUCGUCAUGGCUUCUCUGCCAGCGGCAUUUAUGUACCAGCUGCUGGGAAGAUAUCUUCAGAACCAGGGAAUUAUUUGGCCUCAAGUCGUAACCGGUGUAAUUGGAAACAUUUUAAACGCAUUCAUCAAUUAUGUUUUCCUCCAUCUUCUGCAACUGGGAGUUCCUGGGUCUGCCGGAGCAAAUUUAAUGUCACAGUAUUUUCUUUCCAUCACCCUACUGGCCUAUAUUUGGCGGAAGGGGUUACCCAAUUGGGAAGGCUGGUCACGUGAGUGUCUCGAGGAGUGGGGACCCUUUGUCAAGCUGGCCAUGCCAAGCAUGCUCAUGUUUUGCCUUGAGUGGUGGGCAUUUGAAGUGGGAGGAUGUCUUGCUGGCAUGAUUAGUGAAGUUGAGUUGGGAGCUCAAUCUGCGGUCUAUCACCUGACUCUUGUGCCUUUGGUGUUCCCCAUUGGAAUGGCAACUGCAGCUAGUGUCAAUGUAGGGAAGGCUCUUGUUGCAGGAAACAGUGUGCAAGCCAAGUUGUCUUGUAAAGUUUCCAUCAUCUGUACAUCUGCAUUCGCCCUUUGUGUUGGACUUAGCCUUACACUAUCCGGAAAUGCAGUUGGCUACAUUUUCACCACAGAUCCAAACAUUUUAAAGAGGACUGCUGAUGUCAUGGUUGUUUUUUGGGUCAUGCAUCUUGCUCAUGCUAUUGCGACUGUGAGUGGAGGUGUUUUUCGAGGAGUUGGAAAACAAAAGGUCGGUGCUGUGUCCAACCUGGUUGGACACUACUUCAUUGGCUUUCCAAUAGGUGUGUCUUUAUUGUUUAAGACACAAUUGGGCGUUGUAGGACUUUGGACUGGUCUUACGAUCUGUGUGGUACUGCAGGCCAUUUCCUUCGUGACAUAUUUGUGCCGUCUUGAUUGGAGAAAGGCUGCCGAUGAUGCUCAAAGGAAAGCAGGUGUUCGGGACAAUGUUGAAGACACUGUGGAAAUGGUAGACUGCGAGCCAGAGUAA